UUCACUAUGAGAUCAAAGGACAAUCUUUGCUGACAUCAAAGGUGAUCUAUGGUUGACACUUAACCUAAAAUAAAAUGAGUAUUCCUCGAGUGAAAAAAUAUUAGUAUAUUUAAUAAAUUAAGAUGAAGAUAUUCAGUAGCCUUUUUGUGGCCAGGCCUAUUCCUAAAGAGCCAGUUCCAUUUAAAGAAUUACUACCUUUAAAGCUGAAAGGAGCCGUUUCUGGUAAAGGUGGGAAAUCCUCUGAUGUCGUUUGUUCGAAAGAAAUUGAAUCAUUUAAAAAGUGUUAUAAAAACCAUUUGGAAGCAAAGAAAUUAAAAGAAGAAAAAGAAGCUAAAGGUGUAUUGACUCCUGGAGAAAAGAAAAUGUCCCAUAAGCAACUGAAUGCACUGUUGAGAAAGUUUCCUAACAUUAAAUAGUUGUUGAGAAAAGAUGUAGGUACUAUUAGAAUAUUUGUAAGUAAAUUAUUUAUAGAUUU